AUGACUAUUGUAUGGGCUGUAGGUACAACAAACAAGGCGAAGUUGGCCUGUGUUGCCGCUGCUGUUAACAAGUGUUUUCCAGACGAAGAGCAUGACGUAAGACCAGUUUCAGUGGCAUCUAUAGUUCGUGCACAGCCUAUGUCUGCUGAAGAGUCUCAAAUAGGCGCUAAACAUCGUGCUGAGGAGGCUUUGCGUCUCAUUUCUGAUGCCCACUACGGUAUUGGAAUUGAAGGAGGUGUGGAAAAGAUUGCCGAUCGUUGGUUUGAAUGUGGCUGGAUGCAUGUAGUGGAGCGCUCUAGUGGUCGUUGUGGAUUGGGUUCCUCUGCACGGUUUGAAAUGAGUCAAAAACUUAUGUCUGGUAUAAUUAACGAGGGUAAGGAGUUAGCAGAGGUUAUGGAUGAACUUACUGGUCAAACAGACGUAAGAUCUGGACAAGGGGCGAUGGGUAUACUUACAGUGGGUCACCUGGGUCGUGCUGAGUCCUACUCACAUGGUUUAAUAUUUGCACUAGCCCCGUUCUUAUCUAAUCGUAAGUACUGGGAUUAA